AUGAAUUUCUCCAAAGUUAUUUCCUUCUUUGAGGGGAUCGUUCGCGUCAUCCGAAAAUCCCCCGUCCAUGCCUUCGACUGGUGGUGGGAUGCCUCACGCAAGUUCUUCUUCACCAUCACCUUCAUCUCUCUCCUCUGGGCCAAACUACUGCAUAUCUACGCUCAUCUGCACUCAUUACCUCCCUCCAAGUUCCUACUCUGGGGCCCAACCUUCUUUUUCCAAGAUGUCCUCUUCAUUAUCCUCAUUCGCCUCUUCACCCAGUCCAUCUCUUGGCGCCCCGUCGCCAUCUUCUCUGCACUAUGCACAGUGCCAGUCGGUCUGCUCAUGUCCGGCAUGGCAUCCUCUGCCACCUCCUUCUACGUCGUGACCGGGGCCGAGAUCCAUUGGCGCCAGAUUCGAACCUUCCACGGCGACGCCGCCGCCUUUCGAACCCUCCUGACCGGUCUGACGGGCUUUCUGGUGGUCGAAGCCAUUAUCAUCGCUGUUUCGUGGUUUGUGGGCCCUGCGAUACAUCGGAUGGUGGGUGGGGUGGUCAGCAUCUUGGUGGCGCCGUUCCAGAAGCUGCUGCAACGCAUUUGGCGCCUACGGUGCUCGCGAUGGAGCAGCUGGAGGUCCGGCCGCCAUGCAGACCCCGAAAACUACGAACAUAUUGCGGUGGAUGACUAUCUGGACGACAAGAGCGAGGACGGCGACUCGGUGUUCCUGCUGGAUCCCAUGAACCCCGAGACGCCCGUCAAACAUCAUGACUCGCUAUGGAAGCGUCUAGCCGUCUUCGUCUUCUUUGGCUGCUUCUUCUUUCUGCGCUGUGUUCGCCCACCCAACCCUUCAUACAUGUUCCUGUCGGGAGCCUUACCCGUUGUCCCGUUUACCUCCAGUCGCCGCCUAUUCCCCGUCGAUGCGACGGGCAUGCCCGGUGACUACACAUGGCUGGAUGGUCGAUCGGCGCUGGACAAGCCUCCGUCCUGGGACUGGCUUCCGCAAGACCCCAUGCCUGGAUUUGAGGAUUGGUACCCUGAUUUCGACGAUCACCACCGGUCGGAUCGCCGCCGUCGUCCUCCGCCACUGCAUUACAAUCCCGCAGAGGACCCGUUGCACAUUUCGAAUCUCCAGAACCCCGUGCUGGAUCCCCUGCGGGACGCGUUCGCCAGCGGCAAUGUCAGCAUUAAACACGUCAUCCUGCUGAAGCUGGAGAGCACCCGAGCAGACGUCUUCCCACUCCGCAGAAACUCGUUCAUGUGGGGACGCAUCGCUGACUCGCACCCCAAUCGCACGAUCCCUGACGCAGUCCAGGCGAAGCUCGCCAAUCUGACACGAACGGCGGAGUAUCUCACCGGCUUCACGUCCGGAUUCCGGCGCGACAAAACCGCGCACCAGGGUAAGAAAGCCUUUGGUGGCCUCAGCGCACGUAAUGCAUUUACCACCGGAACCUACACACUGAAGAGUCUGGUCGGCACCGUCUGCGGCGUCACCCCGCUCGUCACCGACUUCAACCGUGAAUACAAACAUCACAUCUACCAGCCGUGCAUGCCGCACGUACUCAAUGCGCUCAAUCGCCAGCUCGACCCCGGCAACCGGACGGAGGACUUCACCUCGUGGCCCUGGCAUUCCAAGUGGAUGCAGUCCGUGACCGAGGGCUACGAUAAGCAGGAUCAGCUCACCCCGCGGAUGGGCUUCAAGGAUAUCCUGGCCAAGGAGCAGCUGACAAGUCCCCGUGCCAAGCACUACCCAGUCAAAUCCAAGGAGAUCAACUACUACGGUUACGCCGACACCGAGCUCCGCGAGUACUUCCGCGAUGCCAUCGACGAUGCCGAACGCGACCACAAGCGCCUGUUCAUCACCCAUCUCACGGGCACCACCCACCACCCCUGGGGCAUGCCGAACAACACCUACCAGCAAUUCAUGGGCAAGGAGAAGUCGCGGUCGAAAGAGGAUCUGAAUAAAUACCUCAACACCAUUGGAUUCGUGGACACCUGGCUGGCGGAGAUCAUGGACAUCCUCCACGAGAAAGGCGUCGCAGAUGAGACCCUCAUCAUCAUGGCGGGUGACCACGGCCUGUCGCUGCCCAACGACGGCGGUGUCACUCCCUAUGACAACCCACACAUCGGCAGUUUCCAGGUCCCCAUCGUCUUUGCGCACCCCAAGAUCCCGCCCGUGGAAAUCACGGCGCCGGUCAUCUCGGACCAGAUCGUGCCGACGAUCCUGGACCUGUUGAUUGAAUCAUCCUCGCUUGAGCAAAAAGCCAGCCAUGCCGCCAAGGAUCUGCUCUCCAUCUACGAAGGGCAGUCAAUGAUCCGGCCCCUGAUCCAGGAACAGGACGGCAAGCAAGACUGGCAGUUCACCGUAAUGAACACGGGCGGCUCAUGGCUGGCGGUGCGCUCCGCCGCCAAGCCGGCCUAUCGCCUGGUGAUCCCGCUCAUCGACGAUCUCGAAUGGCGGUUCACGGAUCUGAGAGAGGAUCCCAAUGAACUUCACCCUUCCAAGAGCUUUGACCUGGUCGAUCUAGCCAACACUCUCGAUAAGAAGUACGGCGCCGAAGUGACCGACUGGGUCCGGGACGCCGCCCAUGUUGCCGCCUGGUGGGUGGGCGACAACUGGCGUCGGUACCGGUACCUUCCCACGUCUCGCUAA